AUGCUUGCUAGUCGCGCGACUUUGGCAUCACGCCAUGCCAGCCGCGCCCGGAUUGUUGCAAAGGCUUCUGAGAUUCGGAAUUUCGCGACAGUAGCCCCCGUGAGCUCCGCUGCUCGGAACCACAAAGUUGUUGUCGUCGGAGGAGGCAGCGCAGGUCUGACCAUUAGCCACCAGUUGUUGCGGUCCGGCCGGUUUUCUCAGGAUGACAUUGCUGUUGUUGAUCCGGCCGAAUGGCACCACUAUCAGCCAGGCUGGACGUUGGUCGGCGGUGGCCUCAAGUCAAAACAAGAAUUGCGGAGGCCCCUCGAGAGCCUGGUCGACCCCAAACUCAAGUUUUACCAGCAGGGAGUAAGCUCCUUCAACCCCGAGGAAAACAACAUCAAGCUUGGAAAUGGCGAUAAACUUGGCUACGAGCAGCUCGUUGUCGCUCCUGGUAUCAACAUCGAUUACGGCAGCGUCAAGGGCUUGCCCGAGGCUCUUGCAGACCCCGGUUCCCUUGUGUCUUCUAUUUACGGCUAUGACACUUGUGACAAGGUAUUCGGCACUUUCGGAAGACUUCAGAAGGGAAACGCAAUCUUUACCCAACCCGCCGGUGUGAUCAAGUGUGCUGGCGCUCCCCAGAAGAUCAUGUGGCUUGCCCUCGACCACUGGAAGCGUGCCGGCCUGUAUAACCCGAACGACCCUGCAAGCUCGUCCAUUAAGAUCAGCUUUGCCACUGGCCUUCCCACCAUGUUUGGUGUCCCCAAAUACAGCGCAAAGCUUGAAGAAUUGCGCAAGGAAAGGGGCGUCGAGGGACUCUUUCAGCACGAUCUCCUCUCCGUGGAUGGUAACACAGCCACCUUCGGCCGUCCUGACGGGAAGGAAAAGGUCACAAAGCAGUUUGACCUCAUGCAUGUCGUCCCCAAGAUGGGCCCCCAUGAUUUUGUCAAGAGCAGCCCUCUCGCCGAUGCUGCCGGCUAUGUCAGUGUUGAUCAAGCAACAACCCGACACACUAAAUUCCCCAAUGUCUGGUCGGCAGGUGAUGCAUCUAGUCUACCCACCUCUAAGACUGCUGCAGCAAUCACAUCUCAGGCUCCGAUUCUUGUCAGCAACCUGCUGCGGUCAUUGGACGGCGCCGAGCCUCAACCCUUGUACGAUGGCUACACCUCUUGCCCAAUUCCUACCGAGUAUGGUAAACUAUUGCUUGCCGAGUUCAAGUAUGGUGGAGUUCCCAAGGAGACUUUUGGCGACCUUAUUGGAUUUGACCAAGCAGUUCCUAGACGUGCGUUUUACCACUUGAAAAAGGACUUCUUCCCGUGGGUCUACUACACCUCCAUGGUCAAAGGAACUUGGGGUGGCCCCAACGGCUGGAGAAACUGA